CCCGAAUUGGGCUCUGGGGUCUGCAACUCGAAAGCCCCAACAUGCGACGCUCAAGUAUCACAUUCCUUCUCAACCACGAGCCCUCGCAAGACGAGGGCACUGCUGCACGUUGGUGCAAACCGGCGCAGGGCAACACGCCGCCACGGGUUGUAAAUCCGGACCCGUGGAAGCUCGAGUCGGCGGUGCAAGAGCUCAUUUCAGUCGAAUUUCGACAUGUGUGCCGGACCAAGCCCAUGGCGACGUCGCAGCCGCACCGUCACAAGUGCACCGUGAGUGGCUGCACCACGGCGUCUGUGAGCAAAGGCCUUUGCGUCCGACAUGGAGGCGGAACCCGGUGCUUGGAGCCGGGGUGUACCAAAAGGACAAAGCGCUUUCAACGGUGCUACAUGCACGGGGGCUUCCUCAUGUGCUCGGAGCGGGGCUGCACGAGCAAAGCGAAGCGAUUUGGACGGUGCUGGGCGCACGGAGGAGGCAUCGCGUGCUCGGAAGAAGGCUGUGGCAAGCUGUCUGUCAAAGGCGGCCUGUGUUGGACCCAUGGAGGCGGGUGCCGCUGCAAUGUCGACCAGUGCGGUCGACGGGCGUACAAGCGGUUCGGGUUUCGGUGCCAAGUGCACGCCACUGGGUCGUCUCAGUUCGAGUAGAGGCGUUGAAUAUAUACCACCACGUCAGCGGAAACGACCG